AUGGCUGCCGCAGCACCUGCAGCAGGUGCAGCAACUGGCGGUGCCGCAGCCGCCCCGGCAGGAGCAGGAGCCCCGGCAGGCGCCCCGGCUGGCGCAGGCGCCCCGGCUGCAGCAGGUGCAGCACCUGCAGCAGCAGGAGCAGCACCUGCAGCAGCCGGAGCAGCACCGCCAGCUGGUGGUGCUGCACAUCCACCACCGGCUGGCGCACCUCCAGCUGGUGGUGCUGCUGCAGCGGGCGCAGCAGGAGGCGCCGUGCCACCACCGAUACCUCCCAACAGACCCGGCGAGCCAGUAUUCCAGAUGAAACUGGAGCCAUCAGCAAAACUCGAAUUCAAGAGCGAUAAAUUGACUGAAGAGCCGUGCACAAUCGACGUCAAAUUGACAAACCCAACUAAGGAUCGACAGACAUUCAAGGUAAAAUGCACUUCAAAUGAUAUAUUCCGAGUGCGGCCACCACUGGGUUUCUGCGAUGCCGAAUCUUCGACUACAAUCAAAAUUACAUUCUCAAGUAAAACGGUCCCGGAUAGCGGAAGACACUAUUUUGCAUUCUAUCAUAUGAAAAGCGAUGAGAAAGUGAAAACUGCUCGACAAGUCUGGACUCCAGAAUCGAAGGCUGAAGGAGUUCAUCGCAUUGUGGUGUAUUUCGAGAAAGCAGACGGAACGCCAGCACCACCGACAGCACCUGCAGCGGGUACGGCACCAGCCGCCGCAGGUGGAGCUGCUCCGGCUACUCCAGCAGCUGGAGGUGCUGCUCCGGCUACUCCAGCAGCAGGAGGUGCUGCUCCUGCUGCCGCAGGUGGAGCGGCUCCGGCUGCUGCGGGAGGUGCAGCUCCUGCUGCUGCUGCAGGAGGUACCACUCCGGCUCCAGCAGCUGGCGGAGCUGCAGCAGCUGCUGGAGGAGCUGCCGCACCACCACCAAAAUGA